CCCUCUGUUUCUCUCUCUCACGCGGACCGGACCACCCGAAACCAAGAACCGAAACCAAGCUGCCCCGAGAGAAAAGAAAACCUUUUUAUUUCCCACUUUUUUUCUCUUUCGCCAAACAGGGGAGAAAUAAAAAAUAUUCCGCGCCGGAACCGACCGCUUCGCCGGCAGCGAGCCGGAGACGCCGCGGACUCGCGGAGCCCUACCCCGCCCCUGCCUCGGAGGCGGGGACGGAGGGAGGAGGAGGAGGAGGCUCUGAGAGCCUCGGAAGGGAAGAAUUCUAGAAGCUGCCAGAGCCAGAGGGAGGGCGCGGCGGACAGCGUGAUCUCGGCGGAAUAAGUCGCGGGGGGCGGCGCUGGGGAAGGGCGCCUCUUGAUGCCGGCACCCUCCGGGAUUUGAAUGGUAAGCAGAUCUCGAGGGGGAGGGGAGCUGAUAGAGGCGGGGUGAGGCGGGGCGUGCCGACGGUUAGGGUUUGGCGGUGGGAGGCGGGAUGUUGGGGAGCUCGGUGGAGGGAGGAGCGGACGAGGACGGGGGAUGCUGCUGCGUCGGGGACACCUCGCCGGGGACCAUCGUGUGGGUGCGGCGGAGGAACGGGUCGUGGUGGCCAGGCAGGAUCCUGGGGCCCGAAGAGCUCCCACCGUCGCAGAUCAUGUCGCCAAGGUCCGGCACGCCGGUCAAGCUCCUCGGCAGGGAGGACGCCAGCGUGGAUUGGUACAACCUUGAGAAAUCAAAGCGUGUCAAAGCAUUUAGGUGUGGGGAGUUUGAUGCCUGUAUUGAGAAGGCGGAGGCUACUCAAGGGACACUUGUGAAGAAGAGAGAGAAAUAUGCACGAAGAGAAGAUGCUAUUCUUCACGCCCUUGACUUGGAGAGGAAGCAGCUUGCAUCGAAGUAUCAGGCUCAAGGUUUCAGACCUGGACCACCUGGUAACAUUUCCGUUUGCACUAAACAUCGCAAAGACCUUGGGAGUACUCGCUACAAGAGCAAAAAGAGUAAGAAACGGAAAGAUGUAUCUGUUCCCCCUGAUGGAAAAAGAGAAGCUGGUUCAAAGAGAAACUUUUCAGAAUCUCUUGCUCAGGGGAAUGUUGUCAGUAAUCACAUGGGUGAUUUCUCCAAUGUGAGACAUUCUCAGGGAGGUGCAACUUUAGAGAGCAAGGAGCAAAGUACAAUUGUGAAGAAGAAUAGGUCGGACAGAAGUGAUUUUGAAGAUUCUCUUGUUUCAAAAUCUGACAGACGUCGGGCACUUGCUCAAGUUUUGCAGAGCAGUGAAAAAUCGCCUCAUCACUUACAGCAAAAUGAUGAUUACGGGAUUUUCUUAAUUGGAGAGGAUAAUAAUCCAUCACUUGCCACCUUUCGGUCCAGAAGAAGUAAAUAUGCAUACAUGCCUAGUGAUUCUGGUGAAACUCAUAGUCGUAGUGAUUUACCUUCUGUACAAAUGGCUUCUACAGGAGCUGAUUUUGAGACCGAAAGCUAUCUUCAGCAUCCUGGUUCUUUUUCUGAGGAACAGACAUCGUCUGACUUCACUGAGAAGCAAAUAACUGAGUCUUCAGAGAGGGAAUGCUCAGAAAGCGAGACUGAAGACGAUGCUGAACUUUUGCAAAGUGCAAAUGUGAUUCAGCCUAGAGAGUCACGUGUUCCUGAUCCUUAUUCUCUUCCAGUUUCUGACAAGUUCAGGCAUGUGGAUUACGAUGACAAUGAGGUUACCUAUUCUAGUUAUAUGCCUCAGUUGAAUGAAUCAGAGGGAGAGGAUGGUUCUUCUGAACUGGGUGUCUCCCAGUGGCAUAUGAAAGGUAAACGUAACAGCCGUAAUGCAGCAAAGAGAUUGGUGGAUAUGACAGAUGGAAAUGCCUGGUUAAAUAAAUCCAAUGGUUCAUUGAAAGGAUCUUUGCGUAAGACAAAUGGUGGAAAUCCCAGAAAAGAUAGUAUGCAAACCUCCAGUGAGCGAUUUCUUGGGCAAAGUUCUUACCAAAUUAAAGAGGAGCCCAAUUAUGAUUCUGAUGAAACAGAAUUAUUUGAGGACACGUGCAAUUCAGAGGUUAACUUGUACCAUGGUAAAAGAUACCCUUCAUACUUGAGAACCUCAAGAUAUCUUAGCCGAGGCUACAAUUAUUUUAAUGACUAUGAGAAUGACUCAUCAAAGAUUUCUCCUCUAAACAAGGAAAACGAUAGAACGUUUCGUGUUGAUCAGAAUGCAUGUUCGGACAGAUCUUCACUUUACCAGGGAAAGUUCACUUCACGUUUUGGUGGCAUGGGAUCGAUGCUGUUUGAUGUUGACCUGAAAGUCCAGGCCAGCUACCAGGGAGAGCAUGUUCCUCUUGUCUCCUUAAUGAGCAGACUGAAUGGCAAAGCAAUUGUUGGACACCCUAUCCAAAUUGAAAUACUUGAAGAUGGUUCCACCAAUCAUCUGGUUUUCUGCGGUGAUACUAGUCUGCAAGAGAGCACAGCAGCUCCACCUGCUUGGCCAACGGGCAGGAGGACUACCAUGCAAAGAGUUCCCCGUUCAAAUCCUUCAGGUGCAUCGUUGGAUGGAGAUGAUGAAGGUGGUCUUGUGUAUCCCGAAUGGGAGAUAAAACCAACCUUUAGGAAGUACUCGACUUCUUCAAAUCACCAGAAGAAAAGCUCCUCGAAUGCUAGGAGGUCAUCGGUUAAGUCCCAUAAGAAGACAUCCAAGAAAGCAAGCCUCUCAAGCCAGAAAGUUAAAGCCCUCUCUUCCAUUUCCACUGGAAAAAGGCAUAAUGGAGAAGGUGGUCAAGCAAAGGCGCACUGGCGCAGUGGCAUUUUUGGUGGUUUAAUCAAAGCAGAGGGCGCAGUUCCACUAGUCACAUGUGUCCCAGCGAAGGUUGUGUUCACUAGGAUAUUGGAAGCAAUUGGCAGGCCACCUCUAGCUGUUGCUCACCAUGUUAGAAUGGCUAGUCCUUCAGUGCGAGAUCCACGGUAGCCUUCAACUGCAACACUACAAAUGGUUGGUUUUGCCAGCCAUAAACCUGCAAGUUUUGUGUACAUUCCCCGUUAAUUGAAGAGAUGGGCCAUUCAAUCAUUUGGUUACACCUGUGAAGAGUCAGAUUGAUACGGUUGCUUCAUGAUAACUUGGAACAGCUGAUCUCUUAUUAGCAGUGGUGACAACAUGUAAAGAUCAAUAACGCUUGUUAUUUCCAACUGGAGACUGAGAUCAAUCAAACUCUCAUCAUGAAUGCUUCUCGCACAGCAGUUGGGAACUUGAGCCAUCAGUUCCAUGAAGGGGCAUUCUUUGGUGUAAUUAGCAUCGGUGACCAGGCUUAUGGUUUCGUCAUAGUUGUCUCCUGUAAAGUACUAACUUCAACAUUUUAGGUGUCUAUUUUAGCUAAAGCAUUUGCAUCAUCAUAUAUUGUCAAUAGGUCAUAGGUUUUCUGGUGUCAUGUAUAAUGCCUCAGUUAUAUUCUGAUGUCUGUUAAUUGUUGUGGAGAAGUAGUUGUUGAUUGAACUGUAUGUUUAGAAGCAUGUAUAUCUACUCGAUGUAAUGUAUCAGAACAAGUACUCCAAAUGAUGUAACAAUCUAGUCGUCCAUGUGAAGUUUCCUUCAUAGUCGACAAAAGAUUAUUCCAUACUUUUUACUUGUGAG